CACCACGCAGGCUGAACAGCGGCACACAGCCGUGCAGCCUUCAUCAGAUGAGGAUGCCGAGCGGCGGAUACGCUGCCCUCCACGGUUACUAUGACACUGUUUAUCUCAGAUUUUCAACCCUAAUGUCGUUGUUUCAUCAGUCUUUAACAUGUGUUGACAGCCGGUGUAUCUGCAGCUCAUUGUCUCCCCGGGUUUGAUCGGGAGCGACCCGCCUGUGUCGUCUAACUCUGCAGGAGGAAGCUGUUUUUCCCGUCACAGAUGCUCGGACUCCCAGGGUUUGUUUAUUCCACCGGGUUUCCCUCCGGUCGAGAGGACAGGCAUGCCGGACAGUGACAGUACCACGGCUCGGGUUAUAGGCAGCAGCAGCGUCUCAUGUUCAGUGCCGCAUCAACAAGCCUCGCCGCCCGACCACCGGGUCCCCCUGCCGGCGCCCCGGUGUCCGCCGGUCCCCCGACGCCUCUUGUGACAUGACAGCUCGGGGACGGAAGAAGAGGAUCAAAGGUUACGGGCAGGGGUCCAAGCAGGAGCAGAGACGGGUCGGAUCCUUGAGGAGAGGGCGCACGGAAACAGACUGUGUGCACUGUUUGAGAGGAGAGGAUACAAUCAUACCUGUAUCAAAAAUUCAUGUGAUACUUUAUUAGUCCCCGCAGGGUGUUUCUCGUGUGGCUCCCACAGAGAGGUCAGAGCAACGGAGCAGCGGCCCCUGGAGUUGCCUAUACUGACACAGGGGUGUCCUGGUCUCACUGAACCCAGCUGUCCCCCCUCACUGAAGCCUUAUUGUGAUUCUGAUUCGGGCCUACAGCGUGGAGAGUGGUAGCACCCACCUUUGCCUUACAGUUUCAUCUGAUGCACGGCCUCAUAGUGUUGAUACUGGUCGAGUCCCAGUCAGCAGUGUUGUUCCCCAGGCCUGGCAGGCUCACUUGGCUGCUCCUGACCAUCACCUUCACCUGCACCGCCAUGGGCUGCAUCCAGAGCAUCGCCUGUAACAAGUCACGCAUCAAACGGGAGAACAUCGUGGUGUACGACCUGUCGGCCACCAUAGACCACUGCCCGACUGUCAUUGAGGAGAACUCGCCCAUAGUGCUUCGGUACAAGACGCCCUAUUUCAAAGCCUCGGCGCGGAUUGUGAUGCCCCCCAUUCCGCGCAACGAGACAUGGGUGGUGGGUUGGAUCCAGGCGUGCACCCAGAUGGAAUUUUACAACACCUACGGAGAUGUCGGCAUGUCGAGCUGGGAGCUGCCUCAGCUACGAGAAGGGCUGGUGAGGGCCAUCAGCGACUCAGACGGCGUGAGCUAUCCCUGGUACGGAAACACGACAGAGACUGUCACCAUAGUGGGCCCCACCUCCAAGCCAUCCCGCUUCAUCGUUAGCAUGAAUGACAAUUUUUACCCCAGCGUCACCUGGGCCGUGCCGGUCAGUGAAUCCAACACGCCCUUACUGACCAACAUCAAAAGGGACCAGAGCUUCACCACCUGGCUGGUGGCGCUCAACACCACGUCCAGGGAAAAGAUCCUGCUCCACACCAUCAAGUGGAGGAUGAGGGUCGAUAUCGCAGUGGAUCCGUCCCUCCCUCUGGGCUCCAGGGCCAGGCUGGUGGGCAGGGUGCACCAGGACCAGCCGCGGGUGCUGACCCGCAUGGAGCCCAUCCCUCCCAACGCCAUGGGGAGGCCCAAUGCCAACGACGCCCAGGUUCUGAUGUGGAGGCCAAGGAGAGGGCCUCCGCUUGUUGUCAUACCACCCAAGUAGAUCGUUGGGAGCAUCUGAUUGGCCGUUUGUUAUAUCAUAUCAAAGCGGGCCACCUCUAUAGUCAGACAGGAUAAUCAGAUGAAAGACAAAAACAACAAAAAUGAAGAUCCAUAAGCAGGCUGAGACUUGUGUCAACAGCACAAAUCAAAAGUUGCAGUCUUUUGCGUGUAAAAUCUCGAGGGGACAACCGCCUUAAUUCCCCACUGCUGCCUUUGACAAUCCAGAAAGUAUGUUGGUCUCUCCUUCUGGUGCUGUUGAGCUGUUGGGCACCCAGGCCUUCACUGCAGCCCAGCACAACUGAGCAAAGCUAACUCUGAAAGUCCGCCAUUAGUGCUGGGAUGUAACGCAAACCUGUACUGUAGCUACUCAGGCCCAGAACAAAAACGAUCAAGCCUAAACACAGACCCUGUUUCAAAAGGUUCUUCGGCCUUAAUGACGACAUGAUACUGGCCUGCUCCGUACUGUACAGUAAAGUGCUGUGUACGAGUGUAACCGAGGGAAGGUGAUAGUGUUUAUGUGUCAUGCAACACUGCUGCAGGGUGUAUUCAUUACAGAGAUAACUAUAGUAUCUAAAAUGUUACUGGGAUGAUGUGCUUUCAGAGAUGAUGUGAGUGUGGGUGUGCAGGCAUGUGUGUUUGUGUUUGUGUGUUUUCUAUAAUGGAGACCCAGGGUUGGGUCCAGGCUUGCUGCUUUGUCACACCAGACUGCCUCACACACACACACACACACACACACACACACACACCGGUGGCCUCAUUAUGCUACAGGGAGGGACACUUUGCAAGAUGAUUUAAAAAACAGAAAGAUUGUCAACAUACAUGCAUCCUCAGAGCCACUUUGUUUUUUUAACAUAUCACAGAAAAUGUAGAAAUCACAGCUUUUGGAUUUGGUGACAGGCACACUGUACGUGCAUUCAGACAAACCUUAAAUGAAGCCCUGCAGCAGGAUUUUUGUUUUUCAAUCACAAAUGGCCAGUUCAUCCGAGCUGCAGAGCUUCUCGCUCCCUGCCUUUUGAAAGCCAGUGAUGCCUGUGUUGAUGACAACCUUCUACAGUGAAAACACGACAACGUCUUUGCCAUGUCCCAUCUAAUCCUAUCUGUGUGGUGGAGAGGUUAUUUUAUUUAACGAGUCAUAAAAUGAGUCUGCCGUCAGUGGCUGCGCGAGGACAAACAGAGCCACAUGACGUCUUUAUCGAGUCAGUAUUUGUUGUUGAAGAGCAAAGAUUGUAGUAAACUGUAUUUACACUGUUAGAAGAAUCAGUUCAUCUAAAUUACAAAGAAAACAAAGCUUCUCACUUAUCCAGCCAUGCAGAUUUUUGGGGGAUUUUAUUUGUCCAAGUUUUGAAAUAUCUGUCUGUGACAUUUGUGCCUGAAAUUUCUUUAGUGAUCAUAGCUUUGAAAAACUGCAUUCAAACAAAACUUAAAAGUCGACAGCCAUGCUAGCAGCUCUGAGGCUAAGUGCUAACAUGCUAACAUGACCAAGUACCGGGAGCGUCCCUAUGUUCCCCAGCUUAAUACCCACUUAAAAUAACUCAUUAAGGAGACCUUUUAAAGCAGUGGUUCCCAACUGAUGGGUCACAGCUCCAUUCUGAAUGGACUGCAAGUGACUCACG